AUGGUUGAUCCUGAAGUUGUUCAGCAAUCAUUUGGUUCUUGGAAUGCAGACAUGAAUUUUGCAAAAGGGUUGAUUUUUGCUAAUAAAGAUGCGGUGAGACGUGCAUUAACAAUUUACGCCUCAAAGCAUAACAGAAACUUUGUGACUAGUAGGUCGACCACAAGUAGACUGUCUGUGAAAUGCAGCGAUGAAUCAUGCAUGUGGUACGUUGGGGCAGUUGUGAAGCCUGAACUCGGACUAUGGAUGGUCACAUCUUAUAGGGGUCCUCAUAAUUGUAUGCCCCUUGCCACGACCCUUGAUGGUAGAAUGAUGGAUUGUAAUUUUCUAGCAGAAGAAUUUGUUCCAUUGUUGAAAGAGAAACACACGGCAACAAUUUAUCACCUCAGACAUUUCAUUAAAGGGAAGUAUUAUGGGCAUAUUCUUUCUUACUAUAAGAUAUGGGAUGCGAAACAACGAGGUAUUGCAAAGAUAUUUGGGGAUUGGGAAGAGUCUUACCAAAGGUUGAGAAAGUUAUUGUUUGCAUACUGGGAUCAAGAACCUGGCACCCGUUUCUGGUUUCACACCAUACCCAGGGACGAGUUCGGUGAUACAAUAUUGCGCUAUAUAUUUUGGGCUUUCGCUCCAUGCAUUGCAGGAUUCAGACAUUGUAAGCCAGUGAUCAGUAUUGAUGGGACCCAUUUGUAUGGUAAAUAUCGAGGGGUGUUGUUGAUUGCAAUGGCCACCGAUGCCAACAACAAGGUUUUGCCUCUUGCCUUUGCCGUUGUGGACAAAGAGUCAGGGUCUAGUUGGGGGUGGUUUUUAGAACGCCUCAGGAAUGCACUGGGGGAUGUGAUAGCAGAUAAGGACAUCUGUAUAAUUUCUGACCGACAUAAGGGACGCCACUUUAAAGUCAUUAGCCUUGAAAGCGGGUAUGCUACUCAGGAAUCUAAAUUUGAGUUGUACAUGCAACCUAUCAAGGAAGCUGAGAUCGAGGCCCUUAGGAAGAAACGGAGAACCGAGCGGCAGGAAAGUGAACCCGACUCAUCCAUCAUGCCAUACACAUAUCUAAUGAACGAGGAUCUAGACAAGUGGACCCAACUACAUGAUGGUGGAUACCGUUAUGGGGCUAUGACAACCAAUGUCUCGGAGUGCUUCAAUGGAGUACUCAAAGGUGCCCGUGGCCUACCCAUUGCUGCAAUGGUUGAAUUCACUCAUUGCAAACUUGUUGCGUAUUUCCAUGAUCGACACAAAGAAAUUACUCAUGAUCUCUCAAAGGACAAGGUAUGGACUAAAUAUGCCUUAAAAAUCUAUGGACACAACCUACAAAAAUCAAUUUCACACCACAUAAAUCCGUUUAAUAAUCUGAAUGGUAUAUAUCAAGUAAUUACUUCAUACAACAUCUAUAGCUCUGGAGGGGGACACCAUAGUUAUGAAGUAAAUGUAAAAGCCAGAACAUGUGGUUGUGGAAAGUGGCAAAUGAGAAAGAUCCCUUGUUCACAUGCAAUUAAAGCUCUUCAGUACUUGGGGCAAGAUGCGACUGCAUAUAUUGACCCAUGUUAUAGUUUGGUGAACGCCAUUCACACCUACUCACAUGCAUUUGUGGUGCCAAAGUCAGAUUCAUUGUGGAGGGAUGUGGAUGGUCCAAAGUGGGUGCCUGACCCAAAACUGUUGCGGGGCAAAGGUCGACCUGUGGCGUCUAGGAUACGAAAUGAGAUGGAUGGGGUCCGGCGAGAACCGGGAAGCCGGAGGCCAGAUUCUGACUUGAGGGAGAUUCAGCAAAAGCAGAGCUGUGGACUGUGUCAUCAACAUGGGCAUAACCGUAGAAGAUGUCCGCUUUCCCGUGGGGCUUCGACAAGUAGUAAUAAUCCAAACUAG